AUGGGGGAUGGAAUCACAUCCCAAAUGCUCCUCUACGCAGAUGAUGCGAAAAUCUACAGAUCAGUCACAGCUUUAGGUGAAGAUGAAGAACUGCAAAAUGAUCUGAAUGUAAUUUCGAAAUGGGCUGAUGGUAGCCUUAUGAAGUUCAACAUGACAAAAUGCCAUACGCUCACGUUAACGGGAAGGGUAAAACUAGCGGAACGAAAUUACACCUUGGAUGGGAAUACAUACCUUAGUAAUGUUCAAAACGAGAAAGACUUAGGGGUUAUAGUUGACUCGAGACUACUAUUCCGUGAGCACAUUGCCAAGAAAACAAGGAUGGCCAACGGCAUGGUCGCGAUAAUACGGAAAAGCUUCAUCUAUCUUAACGCUGAGGUACUAACAACCCUAUAUAAAGCCCUAGUGAGAACGCACCUGGAAUACGCAAAUCAGUGUUGGAACCCAUACCUGAAAAAGGACAAGAUCAUGAUUGAGAACGUUCAAUGGCGGGCGACAAGACUGGUCGCAAACAUACAAAAAUUUAGUUACCCGGAAAGACUGAAAGCUCUGAAACUGCCAACGCUGGAGUAUAGAAGGAAGCGCGGAAGAAUGAUAGAAGUCUUCAAAAUUUUGAAUGGAAUGUACGAUGCCGCAGCAACGGACGGACUGUUUACGAUCAAUGAAAGAGACACCCGAGGAAACCCGUACAAAAUUUUAACGAUGAAAACCAAAACAACAGCAAGACAAAACUUCUUCACUAUCGCAGCCAUUAACGACUGGAACUCAUUGCCUGAAAGAAUAAUAUCGAGCGAGAACGUCAACAUAUUCAAAGCAAGACUUGACAAACUAUGGGCGUCCGAAAUGUACGACGCAUCGUUUUUGGAAUGA